UUGUUAAGACCGCGACGGUCACACGCGCGGUGCAAGAUACUCGCUGUUAUAGUCGAUGUACGUUGAACAUGGACUAAAGAUAAAAGAAAAAAUGCUAUAUAGAUUAUGCGAUAUAUUAUCAAAGAUUAUCACAGGCCACAAGAUAUCGCUAGAGUUGAAGACACACAAGUAACUAAUCAUGGCAGAGGCCGCACGAAACGUGUUUACUUUAAUAAAAUUUUAAUGACGUAGCUCGUUUUGUGGUGACAACAUUAAACACAAAAACGCUGUAAUAAUAGCAGGAUAAUGUAAUCAAUGUAAUAAUUAUCGUAUUGUAUGUAAGGCAAGUGUGCGGGUGGCAGCCCUGGGACCACAUUUAUUGGUUUGCGAGCCGAUGCCGUUCGAUUUCGUCGACAUAUUGUUAUCGUUACCGCCAUCACCAUGAUUAAAUGGUUUGUACAGGUGUAACGUUGUGUGCUAGUUACGUGCUGAUAAAUGUUCCUCUCAACAAAAUGCUGUGACACUGAUUUUAUUAUUCGUGAAGUGUUUCUGUGAUACCUGUGAGUGCAGUGCUAUUUCUCAAAAUGGAUCGUUUUAGGCAAAAAUCUAAAAAAGAAAAACCGAUGAAGUACGUAGACAAGGACCAGUCUCCGUUAUUUAUAACGGAUGUCAAGGCGAUUAAGGAAAAUCUCAAAAUAAAGGAGAUAUUAAGAACCGUCAAAAUGAAUAGUAGUAUGCGAAUAAAAGCACCAAAAGGGAGUAAAGUUAUGCAAAAUAAAGAUUUUAACGAUAAUGAAGACAUAUUUGGUGUAGAUCAAAAUAGUGACGACCAAAAUAGUGAAAAUCAAAAUAUACCAGACCCACCGAGCGCAACAAAUCCUGACGUUAUCGUCAGUAACAACAGUGAAGAAACAGGCGAAGCCAAUGCUGAAGAAACUGUCGAUAAACAUAGUGAGUCGGAAGAAGAAAUACUUGAAGAUUGUAUUGAAAAUGAAAGUACGACUGACCCGAUAAUACAUGAAUCUAUCAGUGUACCAGAAGGUUUGCAAGAUUUCGUGCUAAUUAGUGAAGAAAACAAACAAGACAUCGAAGAAAUAGCAGACGUCAAAAUUGAUUCACCGCCCCCGAGCGAGAUUUCGCAUGUUAAGGCUCGCGACAGAAAACUAUCUCUGGAUCAGACUAUGUUAUCUAGACGUGGGGGUUUGUCACAGUCUGAAUUGGAUCUAAAUUCAAUUGGGAAAUCUCCGCUAGAGAGAAAAUCUUCCUUUUUUAGGAAAAAAAUGGAUAGCUUUUUGAAAAAUACAACAGAAAUAUUCAAGCGACAAUCAAUAGGCAGGAGCCAGUCCAUUCAGUCAAAGAGUUCCAUGUCGGUGUCACUGCAGUCCUUGAACGAGAACAUCGCAUGUAAUGGCCAUUACGGGGAACCCCUACACAAUCACGAAGAAGAACUUCAAAGGAGUACAACAAGCCUGCAAUCGUCGCCGACAGCAGCUCGAAGUACAUCUAGUUUGUCUAUAUCUCAGAGCGAGCAGACGUUACCUGAUCAACAGAGUGAAGGGGACAGCAUUUCUGGAAGUCGACCCAUACUGAUUGGCAGUCAGCCCUUAGGAGACACAUCGCCUAGUAUCAACAGUCUUAAUGAGACGUAUAUCCAAGAGUCUAUGCUCAAUCGAGCCAUAUCCAUGAGUUCCGGUUUGGAUUCUGCAACCGGCCAAAAUCGUCGAAAAUCAAGAUCUAACAGGGUCACGUGGCUGGCCAGUGAAGGGCUCACUAACUACUUGCGGCGAGUCAUACAAGACGAGAAGAGUAGGGAGAUAAACUUAUACCACUCAUACCAAGACUUCUCUGCAAUACCUGAGAACAAUGUUGAGCCGAAGACGGACUCUAAAGGCAGGCGGCUGUCGUACCAGCGCGCCGUCUCAGGAGAGGACCCGCGCUACCUCGAGUCCAACAUCAGGAGAAAGCAACUCAUCCCCGAAAACCAUGAGCUUAAUCUGGAGCUGUCAGAUCUACUGGCUGAGUACUCUAGGACUGGGGUACCGGACCUGAAAGGGUUCUGCAUUGCAAACAUCCCUGAUGAAGCCUUCGAGUUCCUGCAGUGGGCUGAGAAGCCACAGAACUUGGAGGAGUUCAUCGAUUGGAAGAAACUGCCGCAAGCGGAGGAGGCGCGGCAGGCAGUAAUUAAGGAGCUGAUCUGCACAGAAGCCGAUUAUAUCCGCCACUUACUGUCCAUAGUGCAGGUGUUCAUAGCCGCCGCCCAUGGACUGCAAGAUGCGGGGAAACUACUGGAUAUCGAUACCGAAAAACUUUUUACCAAUAUUCCCGAUGUCCUGAAUGCAAGCCUUUACUUCUGGGAGACCACCAUCUACCCCAUGAUCGCUGAUGCUCACGAGAAGAAGGCUCCAUUCAACACAGAAAUCAUGGCGCCAGGGUUCAUGCAUUUUCGCGACAUGUUCCAGCCAUAUGAAAAAUAUGUUAAUGAACAAACAAAAGCACUGGAUUACCUCCGGUCCUUAUCAAACAACGCAGACUUCAUGUGUUAUCUCACAUGGUGUUACCGGCAGAAGGCCUGUAAUAGGCUCCAGCUGGCUGACAUCAUGGUGAAACCGAUGCAGCGCCUGACUAAGUACAGUCUGCUCCUGCGUCGACUGAUUGCACACACCGACAUUGAGCCUGAACGCACUUCUCUACAAGCCAUGGAAACUUGUGCUAAGAAUUAUGUCCAAGAUCUGAACCGAUCUAUACGCCAACGAGAAGAGUUAGAAAAGAUGGAUAAAUUAGCUAAUUCGAUAGAAGCGUACGAGGUGGACUUUAAAGAUGAAGAAUUAGACAAAUUCUUUCAUCUAUAUUCACAACUAAAUCUUAGAGCACCAAUGGUAAACUGCUCGCCACAUCAUAGCAGGACAUUAAUACAUCAGGGGGACUUACGCUUUAAGGACAACAUCAAGGAGAUGGAAGUUCGCGUAUUUCUCCUUACUGAUAUGCUGCUUAUUUGCAAAAAACAGUCAAAGGGCAGCUUGUAUCCGUACAAAAUGGUGAGACCAAAAUAUUUUCUCGAAAGACUUUUUACAUACCCAAAAAUAAGUCAACGCAAUCCUAAAGAGAUUGCGAACUUAGUGUUCGUUGCAGUCGAUGAAGUUGGGUCAUCACUCGUAGCUUUCAGUCUAUCUGAAUCGUCAAAGGAUCCCAGCGCACAAGGGACACUAAAGAAUUGGGAACAAAAAAUACGCGAAGCUAGGCUAACAUACGACCUAGCAGUGUGGUUCACAAGGAACCCAUCGCGAGACCUCACUGAAAUGGAUGUUGAUUCAUCCUCUGACUAUGGCCUCAGCAUACCGAGCGCGUCAAGGCCAGGCGCAAAACAAAGCUCGGAUGAAUUAAACAUUGACAGAGAAGCCAGAGAACGCGUCGCCGCGAUGCUCCACCGUAGCCUGGGAGUGUCGACUGAGUGCGAUAACUUCUCUCAGGCGUCGAUGAAUACAGAUUCAUUCGACGGAGAGUUGUCGACCAGUCACGGAGGACGAUAUUCACACGGCCUGAGAUACCCCAUGAAGCGAAACUCGACAGGAGGAAGUUCAAGAAAUUCUAGAUUAUCGAGUUUCCAUCAAUCGACCAGUGCUGCAUCCCAUGACGAGCCGCAGCCUGGCCCCAGCCGAUACAGGGCAGGGACUUCUGUUGAACAUGUCAUUCCCCCACAGAACCCUGAGGACGGAGUAACAUCAAUAACGGUCAAUGUAGUCAGCGAGAGCGAGUCAGAAACAGUAGUGCACUCACAACCGCCACCACCGUUAGUAGUGCUACAACAUAGCUCCCCACACAAGACGCCGAUUCCAUCGCGUAGUUCGAGCACCAGCAGAAACACGCUGCGCGUGCAGCCGCAGAACGUGGUGAUGGCACUGGUGCACAGUCUGCCAGACCUCACGUUCGAUACAUCGCCGCCACGUCCGCAACAAAGCCCAAGUCCUCAGUCAGCAUCUGAGAAGCUUUAUCAAUCGCACCAAGAGCUAUUGCAGCGAAACCGAUUGUCAGCUCAGCAACAACAGCACUACCUAAGUCCUGAUCACCGCGGCACCAGCUACCCACCUCCUAGUCCGACGAGAGCUUCAUUGAAGCGCGGACUGGCGUUCUCGUAUUCAUUCAAGAACCCUCCAUUAUCCAAAAUGGGGCACGUGAAUAGUCAGUCCCAACACGCUGACGCUGGACCUUCCACAAGUCAAGGAACAAAGGGAGAAAAAGGACCACCCCCUGGUGGCCAAAGUCAGGAGAAGGCGGACAAAAAGUCCAAACACGUGAGCAGCAGGCAUAAGGGCGGAUCGCUGAGCCCAGGAUCACGAAAGGAGGACAAGGGAGGCUGACACCGUCGAUGGCGCAGGGUGCGCGACUGAGUAGAACCUAGAAAACUACGCUUCGGAUGGCUUUACAAAUGGUGCUCGUAGUUUUCUUAAUAGUCACCGUAUCACGUUAACAUGGCAAGUGCAACACUGCGCCGCUGGCAAUGAACUAACCACAUAUAUACCGAAACUAAAAACGUUGUUUAUACCACAGGUCUAUAUCUAUCUAGGGUAAAUGCACCUGUUAUGGACACAGAUCAAGAUAUCUUUUUAAACUACAUUUUAUUCCACUAGGAGUUAUUCAAUUACGACAUUUUCUUCGAUGUUACUUUGGCCUAUCGACAAUUUUUAACUAUCACAUUACACUCAUCAGCAAUUGAACAGCCUAUAAGUCAGUACAAAUUUUUUGAUAAAUUAAUAAUGAUUAGGUAUUACUUAGGAAUCAUGACAUAUAAGAAAAUUCCUAGGAAAAUCUGUUGUUUGUAGAGUUAUAAAACAAUAGGUACAAUAAUUCUAGAUUAUAAUGGAAAACCUUAUCUAAAAGAAUACCUACUGACAAUAUCAAUGCGACUAAUAGGUACCUAGAAUUAAUCCGGUUUGCAACAUUUAAUACGUAUGUAUGAGUAUGCUUCUAUUAGAUAAGUAAACUUUUUCAUAUAAUCACUGAUGAUGCGAGUUUGAAAAUGGCUAACAAAGAAAAUGUCAAAAAUUAUUGCUGUCCGUAAUUAGUGCAUUUACCUUAUCUAGUUUUUAUAGUUCCAAUACAAGUAGGUAGGCAAUUGCCUUCUUUUAAGAGUUGUGAAAAACGAAAUUAAUUGUGAUGUAGGCAGUAAUUUAAAUAUUUAUAAACAUGUAAUUAAUUAGGUAAGUAGGAAAAUGGUCAAAACUAUAUAUUCGUUGUAUUUCUUGGUCUUCAAAAAUACCUAUUUCAUUGAUUUAACAAAGUUUUAACAUAACCGUAGUAAGGAAAUACUGACAGUGUACUCAGUGGUGGGAAUAUUAGCAAAACUUGUAUAAAAUCCAUAAUCUUUCCAUGCAUGUAUUAUGUUAUUAUGUAUUUUCUUCGUAUUUUAAGUGGUUGUUUCAAAUAAUCUAAUUAGGUAUGUACAUUUCUAGGAACAUACAAUAAGUUAUUUAAUUAUUAGUGAUGACAAUUACUUAUUGUUUACUGCUUUAUGUAUAUUCAACUUGAUGGGGAAUGGAUGCGACAACUAAGUAGUGAAAAUAAAAUAGAAAUAGAUGUCUAUCUAUAGGAGUAUAUAUAUAGGAGUCUUCCUAUGAUUUCUAUGGGGUUGGAAGAUUCACGCCAUCCAUUUCUAAGUCUAAGGAAUGUUAACCAAGUCAUCAUCUCUAUUCCGAUAUAGCUAUCGGCUCGGUCUACAUAUCCUCCCUACAUAAUGUAGGUACAUUACCUAGUAAACAUUGUUCUUAUACUUUAUCUACGUUUGCAUUGUAGAAAACUUACUUACAUUCCAGAUGCUAUACAGAUAGAUGCUAUGCAGAUAGAAUUUGAACGAAUGAAUUCGAAACAAUGAAGUACCUAUUUAUAUAUAACAUUUUUUGUAAAUAUUUUCCAAAAAUGUACUGAUUUGAACUAGAAGACUAUGAGACUGUGACUGUGUACAGUUUCAAUUUACCUUUUUAUCUACCCACGUAGAGCUAAAUUCUUUUUAAGACUUUAUACAAAAAAGGAAUUCCUUCUUGUACAUGUAGUAACAAAAUUUUAAUAAAACUAAUAUUCUACUCUCUUCUGGUCUUAGAUGAUGAUAUUUAUGACUAAGACCACAUUUAUGAAUAACUAGUAACUAGGUACUUAUAUCUUUUUAUAAUUUCUUGUCUUGUAAAAUAUUAUUAUAAAAUUAAGUUAUGCGUGCGUGUCUUCGUACCGUACCUAUGUUGUAAAAACAAUGUUACCUUCUAAGAAUAGGCAUCAGUAUACGUAUAUGUAUUGUAGCGAUAUACCUAAUAAGGUACCUGUGUUUAUCUAGAGUAGGCAGACAUGGUAAGUAAGGUAGCAAAGCAGAAAGCAAAACUGUUUAAGUAGUCCUACUACUAUACAACAUACUCAGGCUAUUGAUAUCUUACUUUUACCUAUAAGAAUAAAUGUUUAUUUAGUAUUUCGGCUUAUUUAUGUAUAAUGUAGUUAUUUAAGACACUAUUACCAAAUAUAUUUCAUAUUCAUAUUAAUACUUUAAAUAACUACAUAAU